GCGCUGUCUAGUGACAGUGUCCACUCCUGCUGGAACUGUUGAUCCGAGUUGGGUAAACGUUAGCUUGUGGCUGAGGGACUCAGUCAAUCGCUUCUUAUCUUGUUCAACGAGUCGUGCCAAAUAGUAGCACAUGCUACAAAUUGAUGCCCUGGUCAGUGAGUCCAGAUGCAUGAGUCUGGGUCAGAGCAGACAACCUGCACCAGUCCAGCCAAUCAGACAGAGAAUGGGGACAGUGCUGAAAGGGACGAUUGGCUGAGCACUCAGACUCCAACUCCAGAGGGUUCCGGGGCUGACAGCCAGCAGCAAAACCAGGUUCCAGUCUCGGUGUCUAUGAUGACACCUCCGGUGGAGACUCUUCAGCAGACACUGCAGCAGGUCCUCAACCCACAGCAGAUCCAGGCCCUGCUCCAGCAGCAGAAAGCACUCAUGUUACACCAGCAACACAUACAGGACCUCUGCCAGAAACAGCAGGACCAGUUCAACGCCCAGCUCCUACAGCAGAAGCAUGCUGAGAAGUCAGAGCAAGAGCUAACAGCCCAGCACAUGGUCAUCCAGCAGCAGUUCUUGCAAGUCCAACAGCAGCACCUCCUCAGCCUCCAGAGACAGGGUCUCCUGUCUGUCCUGCCCUCCAUGAGCCCCUCUACAGCUCAGGGUUUAGUGAAAGGGUGUGAGUAUAGUACAAGCCUGCCCUCUGGUGGUGAGUAUCCAGCCACUUUUCAGAAGAACCUGCUCCACAGCCAGCAGUCCACCACUAAUGGGAAUCAUAAAUCACAGCCCCUAAAGAAGAAAGACAGUGGUCCUGUGGAUGAUCACUCACAAAACACUCACCCUCUCUAUGGACACGGCAUGUGCAAAUGGUCUGGAUGUGAGGCAGUCUUUGGAGACUUUCAGGCUUUUCUCGAACAUCUGAACGGUGAACAUACACUGGAUGACAAGAGUACAGCACAGUGUCGAGUGCAGAUGCAGGUUGUUCAGCAGCUAGAACUGCAGUUGAAAAAAGACAGAGAGCGUCUGCAAGCCAUGAUGUCUCACCUCAAAUCCUCUGAGCAAAUGUCAAAACCAGCAACACCAACAGUGGAUCUUAUGCCCAACGUUGCCUUCUCCCAGGUGACAUUUCCCAAGGUGCUUCCUCCCAUGAGCUUGUCUCAAAGUGCCACUGCUCCUUCCACACCCCUGACACCUCCCCCGACCUCCUCUAUCAUCACUCCCAACACCCUGCUCACUGUGAGCCCUGGGAGGAGACGGUACUCAGACAAGUACAGCAAGAACAUGAAUCAAGAUAUUGUUCAGAAUAAAGAGUUCUACAUCAGUACGGAAGUUAGACCACCAUUUACAUAUGCAGCCCUAAUAAGACAGGCAAUAUUUGAAUCACCCUAUAAGCAGCUGACACUAAAUGAAAUCUACAAUUGGUUCACACAAACGUUUGCAUAUUUCAGACGCAAUGCAGCAACAUGGAAGAAUGCAGUGAGACACAACCUCAGCCUCCACAAGUGUUUUGUGCGAGUGGAGAACGUAAAAGGAGCUGUGUGGACAGUUGAUGAGAUGGAGUUCCAGAGGAGAAGGCCCCAGAAGCCUGCUGGUGAAGGAUCUUUCAGAAGAGAGAACACUGGCCAUGGUCACAGCUCAGCUUCCCUUACUCCUAAGGCUGAAUGGCUAGAUAGUAGUAUACCUCCAUUCAACCCAGCUUUCAUAGGCGCUCCCUCUCUGAGCUCUCUGCCCUAUAUGUUCCAGCAGGAAGAGAUGAAUGCAACUCUCUGGUAUGGGAAUGGAUCCUACAGUGACAGCAGUGAAGAGCAGUACCCUAUGCACCCCCUCGUAAAAGAAGAGCUAAUGGACGAGGAGGCAUAUGAGAAUGUGCCCCAUGACUGUUCUGAGACUGAGAGCUCUGAUGAGCACAGCUCAGAUGUGGACCAAGACGAAGAUGGCGGUAGCCCAGAAAGACCCAACCUGCAGCUGGCUCAUGUGCCUUCGCAAUGAAAGAGAGAAUGCAUUCCAAACCGUCAAUCUCCACUGCACUCCCACAUUGGAAAACUAUGAAAUAUACCAAAUGACUUGGUAGAACUAUUUCAUAUCAAGUGACUAUUGAGGAUGUUUUAUGCUCUGUUGUACUGGCAUCAUUUGUACUGGGUAUUAUCCACCCAAGCU